AUGCAGCAUCAUAUCUACCAGCUCGGUCUGCUCGGCGGCCGAUGCUCUGACAUUCGGAUCAGAGCUUUCGGUCGUCUAUAUCAUUUACAUCGACUUGUUCUUAUUCAAUCGGGCUUCUUUCGAGCUAUGCUCUGUGGAGGCUAUGCCGAAGAUCUAGCAGCUGAAUCUGCUGCAGCAAACCUCAGCAAGAAGCACAGCCAUAGAGAGUCACAUGCUUCGCCACCAUCCUCCUCCUCAUCGGCGAACGCAGCUUCAGCAACACACAAGGAUACCGACAAUGAUGCCGUGGAACUCCACUUUGACGACCCCAACAUCAGCAGAGCAGCAUUCGAGUACUGCAUUGCUCGCCUCUACGGCGAUGGGCCCAAACUCGUUCUCCCCUUCUGGUCGACACCUUCUUCGACGCAUCCCUUCUCGCCCGCUCUCGCUAUGCGCGUGUCUCAGCCUUCUGACCUACAGCUUGCCAACUUGCUCAUCCACAAGCGCUCUCACCCGGCAACUCCGCGCUUCCUUCUAUCUCUGCUGGCUACAUCGAUCUACCUCAACAUUCCCAGCGUCACUUCACAGGCACUCACGCUUGUAAUCUGCUCAGUAACACCGUUCACUGUCGUCCAGUACCUCCGAUUUGCGAUCGGCUGUGGGAUUGAAGGCACUGACCUGCAUCGAUCUGCUUCCGACGAGAUGCUCCACGAUCUAGACGAAUGGGACUGGGAGCUCGAAGCGCCUGCAAGAACACUCGAGGACCUUGCUCGCUCGGAUCCAUCAACGAGCGCUGCAGCACAGAAGCAGACUCACACCAAUUUCGACAGCCUUGACGCAACCGUCUCUGACGAUUUUGCCCAUGACUUCUCGAACAAGGUGCAGGUCACCUCGUCUACCUUCGAGUCGAAGCACGAGUCUACGACUCCAACAAGAGAAGCCUUCCGGAGUAGACAGAGUCAAUCCCUCUACCCUGAGAGCCUCUCGGGAGAGCCUCGAUCGCAAACGCCUGGUCGCGACGAGAAGCGAUCGGCAAAGAAGACGGCAGGCUUCCGAGACACUGGGCCAACAGGGCUCGAUAUCCACACCACAGAGAACAUUGCUCCCGAGUAUCAGUAUGGCUUGACAGCAGACAAGAUUGGAGAAGCUUGCGUCUGCUGGUUCGCACGCUGGGGUUUUGACAUCUUUGAGCUGGAAUCCUCCAUGGAACGCGAACGCGUUAUCGAGAUCGAGACUUGGAUCAGCAUGUGUCGGGAAGACCGCGACUAUGCAAGGCUGGCAGUUCUUCGUGACCGUCUCCACACUGGCGAUGUCGAUCUCUUGCAUACUUCGAUGCUGCCGAGAGGACGCAUGCCGGAUCCAAAGGAGCGUAUGCCUUCUCCACGACUCCGUGUUUGGUCUUACCCCUCGAUGCCUAGCUCUUGGGUCCGCGCCAUCAUCUCAUCGGAUGCCUUCUUCGUUCCCUCUGAACAACACAGAUACGAGUUUGCAAAGAAGGUCGUCGAAUUCCGACGCAGGCAGAAAGCACUCAUCAAUGUCCUGGAUCGCUUGAUCGACGACUGGAUCCGCAAGGAUGAGGACAAGAUCCCAGCUUCCGAAGCGAGCAAGAAGGCGGGUGGUGCAACAAAAGCUUCGACUCAUAGUGCAGCCUUAUCAGACGCAGGUGAUGGAUUCGGCUUCAAGGCUUUCCGCAGAACCUCAUCUGUAGGCGGUGACGAUGAUGCAGAUGCGGCUGCGGCUACGCCUUUGCAGGAGGCUUGGAAUGAUGGUGUCGACCCGACUUCAUUCUCUCCCUCGAUCGACCAAGACGAGGCUGAAUACGAAGAGCUCUUCUCUUCAGGCAUCUAUUACUCGCACAUGCCAUUCGCCGCGCUCAACAAGAUCGGAGCCGACGUUUCGCCGACAACAGGUCGGCCCUACACUCCGCUUCAUGUCUUGCAAGCUGCUCUGUGGAUCAGCAAUGAGCUCAAAAUGCACAUCAUGUCUAGCACCGACGACAGUCGACGCAAAGCCAUACUUGCAGCCAUGCAGGAGGCAGAGGCUGCUGGCAGAGAUGCAUCAUCCGUUGACGCGCCCGACUCGAUAGCCCAAGAUAUGGAUGGAGCCGGGGAGCUGGGUAUCUCGAGCUCCAUCACCGAGUUUAGAGAAGCUUUCGAGUCGAGUCUCCAUGCAGCGAACUCGCAACGACGCUUCUCUCGUAGCCGAUCCAUCACGCCAGGCUAUAUGACGGACGAUGGUGAUGCCAACAUGAGCUUCGGAUCCACCUCUGGUUUAGGUGGCCUUGCAGCGAGUCCACUAAUGCUUGGAGCGUUGGGAGGAGGCAAAGCAGGACUGCUUAGCAAGAGGUUCUACAUGGUCCCCUCGGACGAUACUGUUCGCUUCGGUGAUGGUCUCAUGUCGGUGGUGGGAUCAACAGCUGGUACAGCGUCGAUUGCAGGUCGAGCACCGAGUUCCGAAGAUGGUCGAGGAAAUGCCACUUCUGUCUUUGCAGAUGAUAAUCUCGGUCCUUCGGGCACUGCAGCGAUUCAACUUCCACACACAUUGCCGAUCAAUGCAGUGAUCCAUCAUGACACCUCGAACCAGUCCAAUCAACAACGCGAUCUAUCGCAUUACUACGGCAUGGCCAACGAUGUCGCCACUGGUCGCGAGCUUGGCGAGUUUGCCUAUCGACACUUGUCUCCCACCUCGGAAGCGUCGGCGAGGGAAUCAUCACCGCGACACUUUGACGAGAGCGACGCAAGACGAUCCACAGCUGGAGAGUCAACUUCGCACUCGCACGACCCCAACGAUGAUGGGGACGGAGCUGACGCUGAGUCGAUUGACUCCAAUGGCAUGUCCCCUGAACGAUGGAGUGGCUACGAGCCAAUGAGGGUUGGUGUCGAGUUCUUUGGGAUUGACAAGCUGCAAGAGAAGCAGCGACUCUACUCGCCGACCUUCUUCUAUGCAGGCAGUGUCUGGAAUCUUUAUAUUCAGGUGGUCAAGAAGGUCAAGGGCAUUCAGCUAGGUAUCUACUUGCACAGGCAGAGCUUGUUGGAGUCGCUUCCUCCGCCAUCUGCCCCGACACCGGUGGAAGGAGGGGAGCAGGUGGCGCCUGGACUGUCGGCUGACGGUGUCUGGCCUGGUGGUUCGGUGGAGACGCCUACCUCGCGUACGUCGCACAGGGACCGACAGGGAUCGACGACCCCGAGUGGUGCAGAGGCAGGUGCUGCAGCCCACACGUCGUCAUCUCGCACCAAUCGCACUGCACAACAGCAGUUUGCGGCAAGCAACUCAAUGUUUGCAUCAGCAGCAGCUGCUCCUACAAUUACAGAUGACGGAGUAGGAGGCGAAGGAAAUGGUACCUUCUUCGACACUAGCUUCACUUCUCCUGUGCGUGCCGGUGGACAUGGGUAUUCUGCAAGCAUGAACACCACAGGCAGUGGAAGCACACUCACCAUGCCCAACGGCAGAACCAUCACUCGAAUGGGAGGCAGCAAUUCCUCCAGCUCCCCCAUGCGCAACAACAACAACAACAACAACAACAACAACACUACUCACGAUCUAUUCGCACUAGACAACAACGAUCCUACCCAAUCCUCCGCAACCGCAUCCUCCGCCGCCAACAGCCUCACCGCCUCUCACGCAGACCCAACCUCGCUCUCCUCGCCAUUCUUCUCCAUCGACUCUACCCCCAUCCACAACACCACCCGCACUUCCACCAUGCCCACCAACACCACCUCCAACCCCAUCACCUCUUCCAACACAACAGUCCCACCAUUCCACCCACCCCCUAUCGUCCCGCUCUACCCGUCCGGUCCCUCCGUAUACUCCAUUUGUCCACUCCCCGCCGCUCCCUAUCGAGAUACGCGCAAAGAACUCCGUGCAUAUUUCAGCAUUCAUUGCCCCUCACCUCUGGGUACAGCACUAACAAAGUUCAGCAGCGGGCCGGACAAGUUUACGAUCAGUCAGAGUUGGGGUUGGAAAUCAAGCAGCUUGUUGGGUACGGUUCAUUUGGAGAAUGGCGAUUUGGAAAGUGGGAAACAGGGGUUGUGGUAUCGGUUUAGAUGUGUUUGUACUAUUGGCUUGGUGUAG